AUGUUUGACUCUCUGCCCUGGUUCCUGGAGGAGGAGCACCACGCCCUCGUCGCCGCCGAAGCGGCCCUCCCUGUUGUCGACCAACCGAACACCACAAGGAAACGCACCGAGACGCAGGGAGAGUGCUGGCCAGUGCAGUACUCGCACUUCGACGACGAGGGAGACCAGACGCAGGCAUGCGCCUGGACUCCCCGAGCUUUGGCCAGAAGGCAACGCAAACAGAGGACGCGGAAAGCGACCGACAAGGCUCCGGCAGGAGGCGGGACCGGCAUCUUCAAGUUGGGAUCUAUAAUCCCGUCAGUUGAGCCCACAUUAUCACCCGCACGCUGA